AUGUUAAGCGAGUUCUUGGUCUUUGUAGCCUCCCCUGUGGGACAGGCCAGGAGAUACCCCUUCAUAAAGCAAAAUGUAACAGGAUUCCUCAGAGAGAUUGGUGUAAUUGAUCCGUUUCUGUGUUUUCCAGGUCAGCCCAUCAACCCUCAGUGCCGUAUCUACCCCGAGGAGAUGAUCCAGACGGGCAUCUCGGCCAUCGAUGGCAUGAACAGCAUCGCCCGAGGACAGAAGAUCCCCAUCUUCUCUGCUGCUGGGCUGCCCCACAACGAGAUCGCUGCUCAGAUCUGUCGUCAGGCCGGCCUGGUGCAGAAGUCCAAGGAUGUGAUGGACUACAGUUCUGACAACUUUGCAAUUGUCUUUGCAGCCAUGGGGGUAAGCAGACAAACUGUAGCGUUCAGUUGAC